UCUCGCGAUUAGCAGUCACUCAAUACGAUACCGACUCCAUCGAGUUCAUUACCCAAAAAUCAAGUAAUCAAUUAGUAACAGAUUCCCCCGGAUCGCGGGAAAUGCCGCGAGUUAUAUUUUAAUCUAGAACCGUCAGAAAUUAUGGACAUUGACGAGAGAAGCAGCGGAGAAGAGGAUACACCACCGCCGAUAAGUGCAUUCUCUAAAUUCGACGAGAGCAUUAUUGUUAGAAACGCCGAAGAGAUUAAGAGCCCAGUGAGCCGCCGAGGGUCUGCAAUGAAGACUUCAAAAAAUGCGGCGAGUGAUAUCAGUGACGAUCUGGAAAUGAAUUCGCCGGAAAGACCGGCUUUUCGAAUGAUUUCGCCACCUGGAAAUUCAUUUCAACAGGCGGUCGGCGUCGGUAGUGACCCAUCGGACAGUGAGGAGAGCGAUGAUGACGAUAUACAAGGGACGAAUGUCAAGAAACCUAUUGAAUUAUACAAUGCUAAGGAAUUCGAGGACCUCGAUGUAUCCGCAGAAGUCAGAGAAUUGUUUCAGAAUAUUACGAGAUACACCCCCCAGAAGAUAGAGCUCAGUUACAAACUCGCGCCAUACAUAUCAGAUUUCAUACCAGCAGUCGGGGAUAUCGACGCCUUCAUAAAGGUCUCCCGCCCCGAUGGAGUUGAUAACAAAGUCGGAUUGAUCGUACUGGACGAGCCGUGCGCAAACCAGUCAGAGCCCGCGGUUUUGCACUUGCAACUGCGGAGUCAGAGUAAAAGUGCAGAUCCCCGCCAACAGGUGGUAAUAAAGCGAAUAGAGGAGGCAGAGAAGAACCCGAAAUCCAUCGAGAAGUGGAUCGACGAUUUGAGUAUGCUGCACCGAAGCAAGCACCCUCCGGCCGUGAGGCUGAGCGAUCCCAUGCCCGACAUUGACAGUCUCAUGCAGCAGUGGCCGCCUGAAGUCGAGAAUAAACUCAACGACGCUCAGUUGGACUUGACGAAAUUUGAUUGCGAUCUUCCACAUCUUGUUGAUAUUGUUUGUAGUCUCAUGGACAUUCCUGUCAAGCCGGAAACUCGUCUCGAGUCGCUCUACACACUUUUCAGUUUGUUUCUGGAAGUUCGGGAUAUCAAGGAUUCGUCGAGCUUUUGAGAACAAUUAGAGAUGCAAAUGCGCCACUUGACAUGUCGUAUGACGAGUUGUUUAUAACGUCACUAUUCCCCUUUCCCCCCUCUAUGAUUGCCACGAUUUUCUGAGAAAAAAUGACAGUUAUUUGUCAUCUCUUAUAGCCCAGGGAACAAUUCAG